UUUCACCCCAACACGGAUCUUUGCUCUUCACUCAAGUGACGCUGCAAUCAAGUAAUAUAUGUUUUUUCCACCGUAUCACCGUAUCAGGCAUUAGCAGAAACUACAAGACAACCAGACUCUUUUACCACAGCGAAAGAAGUCAAAACAACACCUCUGGUUAAAGAAGACCAACAUCUUGGACUGUUUGGACGUCGUGCGAGUUUUCGAAAGAUUUCUUGGCGAGGGAGCUGGUGAAAAACCUGGUUUACGAUUGUUGGAAUCUAACUCAAUCUAAUCUGGACUUCUGGCGUCCGCCAUGGAUGGUAAAGAGAAAUACAAGAUGGUGCGGAGAUGUUUCUCGGUUGGAUCCAUCACGAAGAUCUUGCUCUGUUUUACUUUCUUGGUGAUUUCAAGAAGAGACCCUGCCCUGGCGCUGACUGUGGUGAACCAGAGCCCGCUGAUGGACCCCAUCAACACGUCAUACAUCAAGUGUGUCACGGAUGAGCCGGGCGAGUUCGUCACCUUCUCGGCUGUGGACGAGUUCGCACUUCCCCAGAACGCCAGCACAGACGACAUCAGCCCUGAGGAGUGGCCCGGGAAGAUGAUGGUCCUGCCGCCCCACCCUGACGACGGGUACAACCGGCUGGGCACGUACAACUGCGCCUCCUUCACGGCAAGCAUCAACACUGUCAAGAUGCCGGCUGAUGCUUCAGUGAGGCCGGAAGUGUACACCAAGACGUUUAACGCUGGAGAGGAGAUCGAACUCAAGAUGAACGAGUUUUCUACCCCGUCAGGAGCAUCGUUAUCCUGGGACUUUAAUGGAGAACCACUGGUGAACAGUUUCGCCAGCAGCGAAGUCAACCUGCGAUCAGCCACUUCUGCCGAGUCUGGAACCUACCACUGCUACCACGAGGGGUACAAGGAGAAGGGUGCGCUAACCAGGGUCAUCGUGAGAGACUGCGCAGCGGGAAAGUGGGGACCUGGGUGUUUCCUGGACUGUAGCGAGUGUUACAACGGCGGCUGGUGUGACGACAAGACUGGCCAGUGCGUGUGUCCGCCUGGGUUCUACGGAGAAACUUGUGACAUCGCUUGCGGACCGGGCAGGUUUGGGUACGAGUGCCGGAAGGCCUGUGAUGACAUCACGGAGGACGUGGCAGCCUGCAUGGGGAAACUGUUCUGUGUGCCUGAUCCGUUCGGCUGUGCCUGUAUUCCUGGGUUCACUGGGAUAGGCUGUAACGAACCAUGCCCAAGAGGUACCUACGGCGCCAGUUGUACCCAGACAUGCCGCUGUAGACUGAACCUGCCCUGUGACGCCAUCACAGGGGAAUGUCCCAGUGGGUGCGCGGAUGGAUACAUGGGGCCCUCGUGCCAAAAAGCUUGCAUGGUGGACAAUGGUGUGACGUACCAAGGCCCAGUCUCCACCACAGAGAGCGGCUACACCUGCCAGAGGUGGGACUCCCAGAACCCCUGGCAACAUGGCUUCAAUGUUGACCGGACUCCAAUGCUUCAAGAAAACUACUGCCGUAACCCUGACAACGAGCCACGCCCAUGGUGCUACACGACCAGUUUCGCCAAACGAUGGGAGUACUGUAACAUCGACCGAUGUGAGGACGUUGACAACUGCAGCCCAGAAACCUGUCAAAAUGGCGGCAGCUGUCGGAACGGCUUUCAAACCUUCCUGUGUGUCUGUCCGAGGGGAUACAUCGGGGUCAACUGUGAGACAGAUAUUGAUGAAUGCGAUUCGGACCCGUGUCAAAAUGGCGGAACUUGUGUUGACAAUGUGGGCUUCUAUGAAUGCCAGUGCUUGGAGGGAUUCUAUGGACAGAACUGUGAAGAAGAAACGAACGAAUGCCUGUCUGAGCCGUGCGAGAAUGGAGGCACGUGUCUGAACACGGACGAAGGGCUCAAGUGCGCAUGCGUGGACGGCUUUACCGGAACCUUUUGUGAAACAGAAAUCGACGAGUGUUUGUCCGACCCUUGCAUGAACGGAGGCACGUGUUACGACUUCAUGAACUACUACGUCUGUGACUGUAGGUUUGGAUUCGCUGGGGACCAUUGCGAGGACGAGCUCGAAAUAGACUAUUGUCUGCAAAACCAGUGCCAGAACUCUGCCCGCUGUGUCAGUGGUAACAGGAGCUACAUGUGCCUGUGUUCCAUCGAAUACACCGGCGACUACUGCGAGCAAAAUUUAGCGGACUUUGAAAAAAUUCCAACCGCCAACAUAAUCGCAGCUGCCAUCGCGUCCAUAGUUGUGAUCGCCGCGAUCGCGCUGGGGGCGUACCUGUACAUCAAGUCGUACGAGGCACAGCGCGUCAUCCCUCUAAAGAAGAAAGACACACCGUUGGUUAACGCAGAGGAAGGGAAAGAGGCGAAGAAGAAGGGGUCACAUCUUUCAGAAAGCACGGUGUGAGAUGGAUCAUCGGGAGUGGAGAUAGAUAGAUAUAAAUGUAUUCAGGGCGGACAUAAGUAUAGGCAUCUUUUGGGUGAAAACGAAAAUGUACUAUUAGGCUCGCCCCUGAGGCGUCGCCAAAAUACUCUGAAAAGAGUAGCGCAGAAAAAGUUACUUUAACUUUAAGGCAAAAGGGCAAACUAGAAAUUAGCAACAACAGUUUGAAAAUGUUGCACCUACAAUAUCACUGAACUAAUACUGGUUAUCACUCUUUGUUCUCUUUAAUGUCUAAAGCUUUUUUCUUUUUUAAAUCUACGUGUUUAUAUGUCAUUAAAAGGGAGAUGCCUAGUGCAUACAAAGAAAACUCCACCCCAAAAAGAAUAGUAAAAAAGUAUCAAUUUCUAGACAUUACAAAAUCACGACGAAGGCAUGCAUUUUGUAAAACUUUGGCAUCUGCCAGAUCGUAUAUAUAAUCUAAGAAAACGAAGAAAAAAGACG